UUAUUUUUAUACAGUGUAAAAGAUGGCGGCGUUCAUUUGACAUGCAAACAGCCGAUGCGCAAAAUGUACAGUUUAUCGGAAUGACAAGUUCAUCAAAGGACAAUAUUGAUAAACGAUGAAACUUUGUCGAGUGUGCAAGCUAAAUAUCUGUCCUGCAGUUAGAAAUUAUGGCAGUCAAAGAUACCAGCAAAAUUAUUAUGAGACGUUAAAAGUUUCACCUGAGGCAUCGCAGGAAGACAUCAAGCAAGCCUUUUUCAAAUUGUCAAAGCAACUUCAUCCUGAUAUUAAUGGAAAAAACAGUCACACUGAUUUUGUGAAACUAAAUGAAGCUUAUUCAGUACUAGGGAAGGUAAAUACAAGACGCAAGUAUGAUGCAGAUAUAAAGUAUAGGUAUAAUCCAUAUACAUAUGGCUAUUCACAGGACAAACAAUAUGGGAGUCAGUGGGAAUAUGAGGUACGUACAGCAGGAGGAAUGUGGCCACCUCCUAAACAAAAACCAAACUCAUCUAUUGGACUCGUUGUCUCCCUUUUAUUUUUCGGGAUGGGGAUGUUUCAACUCAUUUUUAUGGUUUAUUCGAUGAAAGUGAAAAACCUUAAUCAAUUACGAAGUAUACAAUUAGAACAUCAGUAUCAGGAUAUACAAAAUGUAUCACGUAAUCGAUACAAUAACAUACGUGAGCUAGAAGCAACAAAUCUUAACGAGUUCCUUGCUGAGAACGAUAGUGAAUGUAAAUAAACAUUUUAUUAGUAACUGGAUUAAAAGAGAGUAACACAAGUUGUUGCAGA